AUGUCUCUUCACUAUCUCCCCCCCGUCAAGCCCUCGGCCAUCGCCCUCGGCACCAUCUUCAACCACACCACCGAGCUGGCCAUCAUGACCCCUCUCUUCGGCCAGGCCUACCAGCGCGCCAGAAUCUCCAACAGCAAGGAGGAGUUCGCCAAGUCGCGCGAGGCCACCUCGGCCGUCAUGGCCUGGGGCUCUUCCCUCGCCGGCUCCGCUCUCCAGUCCUACGGCAUCGGCGCCCUCAUCAACGCCACCGGCACCCUCAGCUACCGCGGCGCCGCCUACCUCGGCGCGCUCAUCUUCGCCGCCACCUCGGCUCCCGGCUUCAUCUCUGAGAUGUUCGUCGAGAAGCGUGCCUUCGAGACCGUCGGCAUCAACGUCCUCGCCAAGCUCUUCGAGACCGUCGGCCUUUCUGUCUUCCUUACCUGGUGGGGAACGCGCACCAACCCUUUUGAGUACUCCUCCGCUACCUCCGGCUCCCCUAACCUCGGCCGCACGAGCUGGCGUGCCGAGUAA